AGAUUGCUUGUGGCUGAGUUCAUGCCUAAUCAAACUCUCUCUAAACAUCUGUUCCAUAGGGAGUCCCACCCCAUGAAAGGGACUAUGAGGUUGCGAGUGGCUCUGUAUCUGGCACAAGCUUUGGUGUAUUGCAGUAGCAAAGGGCGGCCAUUGUACCAUGAUCUUAAUGCCUCUAGAGUCCUGUUUGAUCAGAAUGGAAAUCCCAGACUAUCCUGCUUUGGCCUUAUGAAGAGUAGCAAAGAUGGCAAGAGCUACAGCUCCAACCUAGCUUACCCUCCAGAAUACACCAGGACAGGUUGA